AUGGCUUUAAUGAAUUUACUCGGUAAACAAAAUGGUUAUGGAGCACAUCGAGAUAAGCCCUCACCUAUAGAAACCGUUUUGCUUUCACCAUUGUUCGAAAUAAAUUUGAUUGAGGAAAUUAUGGAAAAAGAACAACCAGCUACUUACUCAAAACAUGUGGCUUACAUUGAUUUUGCUGCCAAUGAUUAUGCUCAACCAAUUUAUAUUAAUAUGGUACGAGACCCGAUAGAAAGAUUAAUUAGUUGGUUCUAUUAUAUUCGUGCACCCUGGUAUAUAGCUGAGCGCAAAAAGAGAUUUGCAAAAAGUUAUAAACUUCCGAAUGUACAAUGGCUCAAAAAGACCUUCAACAAAUGCAUUUUAGAACAUGAUGAUGAAUGUUUGUUUGAGCAAGGCGAAGAGCGUGGAUUAGGAGAUCAUAGACGUCAAAUGUUAUUUUUUUGUGGACAGGAUACUACUAUAUGCAUGCCCUUUAAUUCAUAUGAAGCUAUGCAAAUAUCAAAACAGCAUGUUGAAUCAAAUUAUGCUGUUGUUGGAACUUGGGAAGAAACAAAUAUCACACUAAAAGUUUUGGAGCAUUAUAUUCCACGUUUCUUCAAAGGUGCAACGGACGUCUAUUACCACCCAGAAAAUAACUUACACAAGGUUAAUCGUAAUACUGUACGACCAACUGUAUCACCAGAACAUCAUUCAAUACACAACGUACGAAACCGCCACCAUAUAGAUAAGGAACUUGUAAGUCACAAUCAUAUACAACAUCACAAAUCAAAUAAUGUUCAAAAUCAACCUCGUCUGGGGAAUAAUGAACUCGUAAUUCAAGCACCAAAUACCAAUGAACCAAUUAAGUCACACCAUAAAACUGCAAAACGAGAAAAAAUUCAGGUGGAUAAAAAACAACAGUUCCAGGAUGAUGACUAUGAUCUUGAAGACGACGAAUGGUCACUUAAAGCCGAUCUGCUAAAUAACACGAAAAAGGCUGAGGUUGAUGUGAUUUUUUUCAAUCGUGUUCCAAAAGUAGGCAGUCAGUCAUUAAUGGAACUAAUGGUGCGUUUGGGUAAUAUAAAUGGUUAUAGUCAUUCUCGAGAUGCUGGUAAAGCUACGGAAACAAUUUUAUUAAAACCAGAUAAUCAAAGAGAGUUAAUUGCUGAAAUUUAUAUGAAAAAUAAACCUCACGCUUACAGUCAACAUAUUGCAUAUAUUAAUUUUACACGAUUUCAUUUUCCAAAACCGAUUUAUAUAAAUCUAGUACGUGAUCCUAUUGAACGUAUAAUAAGUUGGCAUUAUUACGUACGAGCUGAAUGGUAUUAUAAAGAUUUAAAAGAUAAACUUGGUGAUAAAGCACCAGACAUGCCAGAAAAAGAAUUUAUGGAAAUGGAUUUCGAAACAUGUGUCAAAACUGGUAGUAAAUAUUGUCAAUUUAAUCAGAUGCAAGUAAAUAACCCUGCAGGCGAUCAUAGAAGACAAACUUUAUUUUUCUGUGGUCAAAAUAAAAAAUUAUGCAUGCCCUUUAAUUCAGCAGCUGCCAUGCAAAAAGCUAAACGUACUGUCGAAGAGGAUUAUGCAGUCGUAGGCACGUGGGAAGAUACAAAUAUAACAUUAAGCGUUUUGGAACAUUAUAUACCAAAAUUCUUUAAACACGCUAAAGUUGCUUAUUACCUUUUUCAAAACCGCCUGUCCAGUGUUAAUAAAAAUUCUGUUAAAAAAACGGUCAGUGAAGAGGCCCGUGCUAUAAUACGAAAAAAUCUUACAAAUGAAAUUGAAUUCUAUGAAUUUUGUAAACAACGCCUAUAUUUGCAAUAUGCAGCAAUCAGUGGAGGUGAAAAAAUUGACAAUGACGACUACCUUCUCUUGCCAGAACACAAUGACGAAGGAGAUUACGAGUAUUAA